AUGCAGCGCUACCUCCUCUUGCCAACGUGCUGCCCCACAGUCACCGGCAACGGGGAGAGCCUCUGGCUCCCUGACACAAUCAGGAACAAGAAGAACAACUACAGCCCGACAGAACAGAAAGAGAAGUGCUGGCUGGUGAGAUCUGGGGAUGGCCCCUUUGACAAGCACUGCCUGCUGUCAACUGUAGAGGGUGACUUUGGAGAACUGCUUGACCGAUAUCGCAGCAAUGCCGCCAUGAGCUACCUGAAGAGCUCCAAGCUGUGUAAAGAGCGCAAUGUUCACAUCACCGAGGCAACGCUGCAGAAAGCCCUGCGGCAUCCGGGAGACAAGAGCAUCAAGGAGGGAGAAGACAUAAGGAAGAUCAGGCAGCCCGGAGGAUACUACAGCACCGGACGUGCUAGUAUUCCAUCUGCUGGGAGCCAGGCCGAGGAGGCGGAAAAUAGGUACCUGAGUGAGAAAGCGCCUGUUCCACUAGAUACUCCAGUGCACACCUUUCAACUGCAGGCUCUGGGAAAAGGUCCGUCUACGAGUAAAAGCAAAGAUGACCUUGUGGUGGCAGAGGUAGAAAUCAAUGACGUCCCCCUCACGUGCAGAAACCUGCUGACGAGAGGACAGACUCAGGAUGAGAUAAGUCGGCUGAGUGGAGCAGCUGUUUCUACUCGGGGGAGAUUCAUGACUGUAGAAGAGAAAGCAAAAGUGGGACCUGGAGAUCGUCCUUUGUAUCUUCAUGUCCAGGGUCAGACACGGGAAUUAGUUGACAGAGCUGUUAACCGAAUUAAAGAAAUAAUUACUAACGGCGUAGUGAAAGCAGCCACAGGUUCAAGCCCGACGUUCAACGGAGCUACAGUUACUGUCUAUCACCAGCCAGCCCCUAUCACCCAGUUGUCUCCAGCAGUUGGCCAAAAACCUCCAUUCCAGUCUGGGAUGCAUUAUGUUCAGGACAAGUUAUUUGUUGGUCUGGAACACGCUGUGCCUACGUUUAACGUGAAGGAGAAGGUGGAAGGGCCUGGGUGCUCCUACUUGCAGCACAUUCAGAUUGAAACGGGUGCCAAAGUCUUUCUUCGUGGGAAAGGCUCUGGUUGCAUAGAACCGGCAUCGGGCAGAGAAGCUUUUGAACCCAUGUACAUCUACAUCAGUCACCCAAAGCCAGAAGGUUUGGCAGCGGCUAAAAAGCUGUGUGAGAAUCUGUUGCAAACCGUUCAUGCUGAAUACUCCCGAUUUGUGAACCAGAUAACCACUGCAGUACCCUUAGCAGGCUUCACGCAGCCUGCCGCUAUAACCAGCGUACCUUCCCAGCCAUCGUAUUACCCUUCCAAUGGGUACCAGUCCGGGUAUCCUGUUGUUCCCCCUCCUCAACAACAAGUUCAGCCACCGUACGGGGUACCAGGCAUAGUACCACCCGCGGUGCCGUUGGCACCUGGAGUCUUAACGACACUGCCUGCAGGAGUUCCGCCUGUGCCAACACAAUAUCCAAUAUCUCAAGUCCAACCUCCUGCCAGCACUGGCCAGAGUCCACUGAGCGGUCCUUUUCUUCCUGCUGCCCCAGUGAAAACAACCAUGCCGACUGGUACACAGCCACAAGUCCAGCCCCAUCCCCAAGGUCAAAAGAGACGCUUCACUGAGGAGCUGCCGGAUGAGAGAGAGUCGGGACUGCUGGGAUAUCAGCAUGGACCCAUUCAUAUGACUAAUUUAGGUACAGGCUUCUCCAGUCAGAGUGAAAUCGAUGGAGCCGGGUCGAAGCCAGCAAGUUCCUCAGGAAAGGAGAGAGAGAGGGACAGGCAGUUGAUGCCUCCGCCAGCUUUUCCUGUCACUGGGAUGAAAUCAGAAUCUGAAGAAAGAAAUGGUGCUGCGGGGUCUUUGCCAGGCAGCCAUGAUCAUCAAGCUAAGAAGAUGAAAACUGCAGAAAAGGGCUUUGGAUUAGUGGCAUACGCUGGAGACUCGUCAGAUGAAGAGGAGGAACAUGGUGGCCAUAAAAACGCAAGUACUUUUUCACAGGGAUGGAGUUUGGGAUACCAGUACCCUUCCUCACAACAGCGAGCUAAACAACAGAUGCCAUUUUGGAUGGCACCGUAA